GAACUUCUGGACAGCCAGUAAAACUGUUGGCAAAUUACUUUCCUAUCACUUCAUAUACAAAUUGGUGUUUGUACCAAUAUCGAGUUGAUUUCAAUCCCGAAGAAGAUAGAAUUAGUACUAAAAGAGGACUAUUAGCUCAGCACCGAGAACGUUUGGGAGGAUAUUUAUUUGACGGAACAAUGUUAUUUUCUGGAAGCCGAUUUGACCCACCUACUUUUGAACUUACAUCUACACGUCGACAGGAUGAUCAAAUUGUAAUCAUAACAGUGAAGUUCACAAAUAUUAUAGAAACCGGUGAUUAUGCUAACAUACAAGUUUUCAACUUACUCUUGCGUAAUUGUCUUCGACAUCUUAAACUGACGUUGAUUGGAAGAAACUUUUAUGAUCCUGAUGCUAAAAUUGAUAUGGCUCAACAUAAGCUACAACUUUGGCCAGGUUAUGAAACAACAAUUGGCAGGUAUGAAGAUAACAUUUUACUGUGCGCUGAAAUAUCUACAAAAGUCAUGCGUCAAGAGACUGUAUUGGACUUUUUAAAUCAGUGUGCUAGUGAUAGGAACCGUAAAAAAGAUUGGAUGAUUAACUUCAAAAGUAGUGUCGUUGGUACCACAGUUAUGACAAAAUACAAUAAUGAAACGUACAGAAUUGAUGACAUAGAUGAAAAUUCUGACCCUAAUUCUGAAUUUAGUAAAAAAGAUGGGUCCAAAAUGACUUACAUACAAUAUUACAAAGAAAAAUGGAACAUAACUAUUCGAGGUGGCAGACAACCUAUGUUGAUUUCAAAAAAUAAAAAAUCUGUUAGACGAUUUGGAGUUGAAGAUACGUUGGUUUACCUUGUUCCAGAGCUAUGCAUUAUGACUGGUAUAACGGAUGCCAUGAGAAAUAAUUUCACACUUAUGAAAGAUAUGGCUAUACAUACCCGUGUGAAUCCUAAAGAACGCAUGGAUAGAUUAACAAAUUUUGCAAAUCGACUUCUUUCAACUCC